AUGAACAGCCUCAGGAUUCUCAGCACCCUGGACCCAAAGAAUGAGCUUUGUUAUCUGCCUUCGCGCUAUUACCUGUACGGCGUAUAUGCGGCAGUGUUUCUUCACAAAGCCAACAGUGCCGACGCUAUUCAGCCCGAGAGCCAGCGGGAGGAGGCCAGACGUUUAGCAAUCAGCUUUGCAGACGCCAUGGAAGAGGCCGCGUCAACAGAAUCGCACAUUGGUUCCAGAUGCAGUCGUAUGCUGAAGGCGCUCUGGUGCCCGCGAGAUCGAGGUGUCUCCGGAGACAUACACGUGUGUCUGAGUUCUUCGAACACCAAGCGACCUCCUACCCGCGAGCCAAGUCGCAAUGCGAAUGACUCUGUCCAGAUCUCUCAAAGCUUCGAAGAAAGCAACAUAAUUGAUCUGGGCUCUCUUAGAGACACAAAUUCAAACGUAUUCAAUACUCCCGGUCUGGGGCAAGGGUUAUCGACAAUGGAUGAAUACAUGUUCGCUCCGUUCAUGCCCGAUUUCAAUGACCUGGAAUUGGGCAACAUCGAUGAUAUCUUGGGGGAGCAUUUCAGUGAGAAGCGAUGGGAAAUGGGCCAAGAUGAAGCGGGAACCGGAGAAUGUCUGUAG